ACUUUUACGCUUAAUUAAAUAGUAGGAGAACGUGAAGGGAGAAUCUGAAUGCUUAUAUAUUACAGCUUACCACCUCCUUCCCCAUCACACACGCCACUCACACUCCAACGUUUAUCCAAGCGAACCAGAAUUCGUCUUGCAGAUCAACCAGAUGGGUUUGAAGGAGGAGUUUGAUGAACAUGCUGAGAAAGCCAAGACCCUUCCAAAGUCAACAACCAAUGAGAACAAGCUCAAUCUCUAUGGACUCUACAAGCAAGCCACUGUUGGAGCAGUGAGCACCAGCCGCCCGGGAAUGUUCAAUAUGAAGGACAGAGUAAUGUGGGAUGCAUGGAAGGCUGUUGAAGGGAGAUCCAAGGAGGAAGCUAUGGGCGACUACAUCACGAAGGUGAAGCACCUGCUUGGAGAAGCCGGAGCUUCUACUUGAUGCUUUUGUUAGAUGGUGUUUGAAUCAAAAUAAACAUUGUACUCUUUCGUACUGGUACUCUCUUAUAUCUAAAUGUGUGUGAAUGUUAAAUCUACGAGAUACUUUCGGUAGAAUGGUUUUACUUAUUGUUGGUUUACAAUGCUUGAAGGAGUUUGCAGUGCUAGUGAAUUUUAGUUGCCCAAA